CCCGUCUACACGGGGGCAGCCACGCUCCCGGGGCGCAGAUGCUGAAGGACGCUCAGCACCGGGUCCCGCCGCGCCCCCUGCCCGCCUCCCUCCGUCCUCGCCCACCCCGCGCCCGGCCGGAAGCCCCGACCACCGAGAGGCCGCCUAGAGCAGAACCGGAAGUCCAGGGGCGGGGCCUGGUCUAACUUCCGAUCGCGAGUGCGGGACGCCUUGCGGGCUUUGUCGCUGGUCCUGCGAGGUGGGCGGCCCGGGUUCGCUGCGGGGCGCGCGCUGUCCUCUCGCCGCCGGGCACCGGAUUCUGAUGUAGGAACUGGUGAUGAGAAGGUGCCUCUGGAGUCUGCAUUUCUGAGAAUGGAAAUCCGCACAGGACACUGUCAGAAACACGCACAGUGAUGGAGACCCCUGCCCCUGAGUCUGGGGGGGUCUCUGCACCAGGAUUAGGAGGGCUGUUGGGAAAUCUGGAAGGGCAGAGCCCCCUGUCUCGGGAGGGAGGUCGCAAGCCGGUGACAGUUACUCACUGGAAGAUCCAAACAGGAGAGGCAGUCCAGGUGGGAAGUGCAUGCAGAGGCAGCCCUGUUCUGAGCUCAGACCUCCUCAUCCUUCAGAGAGAGCUUAUGGAAGGGGAAGCCCACCCAUGUGGGACUUGUGGCCAAAGCUUCCCAUUUAUUGCGGACCUAGUUCGACAUCAGAUUUCUCACACUGGGGAGAAACCUUACAGAUGUGACCAGUGUGGGAAAGCCUUCAGCCAGAGCUCCCACCUUGUUGAGCACCAGAGUGUUCACACCGGAGAACGACUCUAUGUGUGCAAUGCUUGUGGGAAAGACUUCACUCACUAUGCAGAUCUCAUUGAGCAUCAGAGAGCGCACGCAGGAGAAAAGCCGUUCAAGUGCGCUCAGUGUGGGAAAGGCUUCUGUCACAGCUCAGACCUGAUUCGACACCAGCGCGUCCAUACCCGGGAGAGACCUUUUGAAUGCAAAGAAUGUGGGAAAGGCUUUAGUCAGAGUUCGCUACUCAUUCGACAUCAAAGGAUUCACACAGGAGAAAGGCCCUAUGAGUGUAAUGAAUGCGGGAAAUCCUUCAUUAGGAGCUCAAGCCUCAUUCGACAUUAUCAGAUCCACACAGAAGUGAAACAGUAUGAAUGUAAGGAAUGUGGAAAGGCCUUCCGUCAUCGCUCAGACCUCAUCGAACAUCAGAGAAUUCACACUGGAGAGAGGCCCUUUGAAUGUAAUGAGUGUGGCAAAGCCUUCAUCAGGAGCUCAAAGCUUAUCCAGCAUCAGAGGAUCCACACUGGAGAGAGGCCUUAUGUUUGCAACGAGUGUGGGAAGCGCUUCAGCCAGACGUCAAACUUUACUCAGCAUCAGAGAAUUCACACUGGAGAGAAACUCUACGAAUGUAAUGAAUGUGGGAAAGCUUUCUUCCUGAGUUCAUACCUUAUUCGACACCAGAAAAUUCACACUGGAGAGAGGGUAUACGAAUGCAAGGAGUGUGGCAAAGCUUUUCUCCAGAAAGCUCAUCUCACAGAACAUCAGAAAAUCCACACGGGGGACAGGCCCUUUGAAUGUAAGGACUGUGGGAAAGCCUUCAUCCAGAGCUCCAAGCUGCUUCUACACCAGAUCAUUCAUACUGGAGAAAAGCCCUAUGUGUGUAGUUACUGUGGAAAAGGGUUUAUUCAGAGGUCAAACUUCCUUCAACACCAGAAAAUUCACACUGAGGAGAAACUGUACGAUUGUAGUCAAUAUGGGAAAGAUUUCCACUCUAACCCGAACUUUAAAAAUAAUCAAGGUCUUACUCAAGAGGGGCUUCCCUUGAGUAAGACCCCUGCACAUGUGGGUGAGAAAUCUGUAAGUCAAGGGGGUCACACAGAUGACUUAUAAUUAUUCUCCAGGUCCGUGAUGUUUGCAAACAGUGGCAUGAGUGUUGUGGCUCAUGUGCCUUUGGACAUGUCAGCAUUUCCGAGAGUCACGGCUGGGGCUGCUUUAGGAGUGGGUUGCCACCUGCGUGUGCAGCCAUGCUGGACUGACCUCGGCCAGGAACCUGUGUCCUGGGGAGAGCUACCUGAAGACCGCUGCCUGAGCUGGAACAGUGGGGGCCAGGAGCUAGGUCUCUAGAUGUUCCUGCCCAAUUAUAGCUCGCCCCCGGGUUAAGUCCCCUUAGAGAAUGAUGUGCCCACUCUUAAACAGCUGAUGGAGCAAUUUAGAUUGAUCAGCAGGCAGUCGGAGAACUGGGGGGGCUUCCCUGUGUCCUUGGGCACAUCCUGAGCUCCCUCCCUGCAGCCUAAGGUCUUUUGCUUCCUGGAGCCUCGUCUCCCACCUCCUCACUCAGUGUUGCAGCAGCACUAACCGACGUUCCUCGGAUCCAGGCUGUCCCUGCACCCUGGCCUCCGUCCUUGUUCAAACGCUCUCCCUCUCCUCCCCGGCUACUCAUCAUGAGUAAAGACCACCCAGGCAUCGUGUCGGGCUCAGCCUCUUCCACUGCUGGGCCUCUGUCGUCUUCUCACCCUGUUACUGCACUUACUUUGAUACAUAAGAAUUGUGUCUUUAUAUAUGUCUCAUUAUUGCACUGCUGAUUCUUUGUGGACACAGUUCUAUCUGACUGAUUUGUGUCCCUGGUGUCUGGCGCAGGACAAUAAAGAAAGCCCACCCCAUACCUGUGUAAGUGGUGCCUCUCCAGCUUUGUCCCUUUUUGCUGCUAUUUUAAAACGCUUGGAUUUUGUCCUUGCUUUGUAAAGUGUAACCUGCUGGGCUGCUGGGAAUACCUUCCGAGCCCAGUCCAUUUCUGCUCGUCCUCAAGCCGGGAGUCACAGGUGGUGGCCAGUGUAAGCCCGUGCCCUCAGGUUGCUGCUGAGCUCAACCAUGGCCAUGCCCGGCCUCGGAGCACUGCUGCACUUAGUUGUCUGUGCAUCUUUCUGGCUCGCUCCAGGACAGAGUCCCAGCACAUGACCUGACUUCCGCCUCUGAGCAGUCCAGGCCUGAACUCAACUCUUCUCUCUCUUCUACUCGCUGGCUCCUUCUGUCGAUGACUUGAAAAUGUUUUGACCUGUAAGGACCAGUGGUAAGUCCUGGGAAAACAUGAGAAAGACACAUGGAACCUGAGGCCAUUCCAGGUUUCUAGGGAAGCCAGGUCAUGGCACAAUGAGCAGCGUGUGGAAACACACAUUCCUGGCUGUGCAGGAGCAAACGCAGGAGGUGGCUGACAUCGCCUUUGACCUGGUCCACGGAGAUGAGAUGUUUGUCAGAAGAUGGAAUGAAGGAAUUCGAGCAGAAGUAGGGAGUUGCAUGGAGCUGUUCAGAAGCAGGCGUGUUUAUUACGCAACAGAUAACUGGCUAGUGAAGCCAUUAGUAGUUGCCUCUGAAUUUCCUUUAUCUAAACGUUAACCAAAACACCCACUUGUGAAAUUGGGUAAGUUCUUGGGUUUUUCUGCCCAUGAAGUCAUAUUUUGAGUUAACAAAUUUCAGCAAUCCCAGAAGCCCCAAGGGAGUAAGCAAUUUUAAAAGGGCUGCAGAACUCUCUGGAGAACUUGCCAUCUGAAGUGCAGACACUGGUAUGACCAGGUCAUUUUAAUCAACAUUGUUGCGGUCCAGUUUCCACGCAGUGAAAACACCUAUUUCAGGUGUGGUUUUAACGUACCCCUGUGUCACCACCGUCAUAACCAGGAAGCAACAUUUCUAUUGCCCAAAAUGUUCCCUUUGGCUGUUCCUCAGUUAAUCCCACCCCAGCCCCAAACAUCCACUGUUGGUCGGUGUAAUAAGGUUGCUUAUUCUAGGACUUGAUAGGAGUGGUGCACAGGGUAUGUACUCGUGUGUGUCUAACUCCUUUUCAUUUUGGCAUGUUUUAAAAGACAACCCAGCGUAGUUUCUAGCUGCAGUAGCUCUUCUCUUUGCUGAGUCAUGUUUGAUUGUAUAAACCAUCAUUUAUUAUUCAUCCGUUAGAAAUUUGAAUUUCCAGCUUGGACUGUUAAGAAUAAAACUGUGAUGAACAUUUGUGUACAAGUA